AUGGCAGCCCCGAAGGAAAAUAGCCUUUUCCCUCCCAGUCCCUACUAUCUCCCUGGCUACGAGGGCUUCAUCCCUCAGUACAACUAUCAGUGCGGAGAAACCUUUGGCAAAACCGUUCACCGCCUGCUGACGGAUCCGGGUGUCACGAAGAGCCCUCGCCCCUUGCUGGCACCGCUGCGCAAGCCGAAGUUUGUCGAGGACUUCAGUGGGACGAAGCACGGUGUCCAGGGUUAUCUCCCUGGGCGUCCAGGGUACUUUCCCUAUGAGAAAGCUGGGGCUGCAACAAGCUUUCCUGAACGAGUUCUUGGGCCAAAACCUCCCCCGCCGGCACCAGGGCCAGCAGAGGAAGAGCUGAUGAUGACGCACGUGGACCCCGUGCCCCAGCACCACCCCGGCGAGUACAUCCCGAGGACGCGACUGCCUUGGGGGUACCCACGGAGGAUCUCAUGCUAUCCUGCCUCUGAGGGACGAGAGUGGCGAUUGCCCAAGCUAACCCCGGCUUGUGGACAAGGAAAAACAUGUGGACCCAGCCAGCCCGGCGGUGCCUUGGCGGGAAGCAAACCGCCCGUAAAAAUUGAAGAUGUGACUCUGCCAGGAGUGGCUGAAACAACAGAUGUGGAGCGAGGUGUUCGGUUACCAGAACUGGAUGUACCAAAUGUGAUCCAACAGAAAGUCAUUUCAGGGUACUCUGGAUUCAUCCCCCGCCUCACCUGGAUUAAUGGCGUGAACUACAUCCGGGCCGUGAAGGAAGCAAUGGAUGAAUUUGACCGACUUCAGUUUUUGCAGAGAAAUGCAGCUUGCGGCUUUGGCAGGGGAUUGCCCCAAACAUACUGGCCUAACAACAGAAUUUACACCAGCGCUGGACUGAUACCUUCCUACUCGGGCUUCGUACCAGACCUCCGGAACACCUACGCACUUACGUUCGGAAACGGCACCCGAAAAGCUUACCAAAAUGAAGAAAGGAGACGAGCUUGUGCACUGUGA